UGCACGGUCCAGAUACGAAAAACAACACAGAAAGGCACCAUUAGCGCAGCGCAGCACAUUUCCUGGAUUAACAUUUAAUUAUCCGAACUCAAGUUUUUAAUAUAUUAGCCCAUAAAUAGUUACUACUCCGGCAAUGACCCUCUUUCACUCAUGAAUGAUUAAAAAGUCGGUUUUUAGCAACUAUGAUGCUCUGUAGAUGUUUGCGCUGAUGCCAUGCGGCAAAACGCUUGAUUCACCUGCCAACCGUUAACGUUUACUAAUCAAGCUAAUCGUGUGUAAACCAUGAUUUCACAAACAGGAGGGAGUAAGGAAAAGCCCACGAAUAAGUGAGGGUGUUGAAGACCGUCUCACUCAGCUACGCCGGUUGGUUCCAUGAUAUCGCCAAAGAUGGUAGCGGCGCACACGUCUUCUCAUUCUUCUGCAUCUGCAGAAUGGGUUGUCUGUCUAGAUAAAAGGCCAUCAGAGCGGUCCGGGGAAGAUGUUGACAUCAUUUUUGCUCGUCUGAAAGAUGUGAAGGCUUUCGAAAAGUUUCACCCCAACUUACUUCAGCAAAUCUGUCUUUGCGGAUUUUACGAAAAUCUGGAGAAAGGGAUCACUUUGUAUCGUCAGGGAGAUAUUGGCACCAGCUGGUACGCAGUUCUGUCAGGCUCGCUUGAUGUCAAAGUGUCAGAGACUGCCAACCACCAGGAUGCUGUCACUAUUUGUACACUGGGGAUCGGAACAGCGUUUGGCGAAUCCAUUCUGGAUAACACCCCUCGUCACGCCACCAUUGUUACCAGGGAGUACAGCGAACUGCUGCGCAUUGAGCAGAGGGAGUUCAAAUCUCUCUGGGAGAAAUAUCGACAGUAUAUGGCUGGACUGCUGGCCCCUCCCUAUGGUGUUAUGGAAACAGGGCCCAGCAGUGACAGAAUGCCGGACAAGGACAACAUGACUAAUAAUGCCUUAGGAUCCAUCUCUAAAAAUCUGAAUAAGGUUCCAUCUGAAAAGAUCCUGAGGGCUGGAAAAAUUUUACGGAACUCCAUCCUUUCUCGAGCUCCCCCUAUGAUCAGAGAUAGAAAGUAUCAUCUGAAGACAUACAGGCAGUGCUGUGUGGGGACCGAGCUGGUGGACUGGCUGAUGCAGCAGAGCCCCUGUGUCCACUCUCGCACCCAGGCUGUGGGCAUGUGGCAGGUGCUGUUGGAGGAGGGAGUUCUAAACCACGUGGAUCAGGAACACAACUUCCAGGAUAAGUACCUGUUCUACCGCUUCCUGGACGACGAGCGAGAGGAUGCCCCCCUGCUGAGCGAGGAGGAGAAGAAGGAGAGUGAAGAGGAGCUGCAGGACACCCUGCUUCUCCUCUCCCAGACGGGCCCCGAUGCUCACAUGAGGAUGAUACUGAGGAAGCCGCCAGGCCAAAGAACAGUAGAUGAUUUAGAAAUUAUAUAUGAAGAGCUUUUACAUAUAAAGGCCUUAUCUCAUCUUUCCACAACGGUAAAGAGGGAGUUAGCAGGGGUGCUGAUCUUUGAAUCGCAUGCGAAGGCAGGAACAGUAUUGUUUAACCAGGGAGAAGAAGGGACAUCCUGGUAUAUCAUUCUUAAGGGAUCUGUCAAUGUAGUAAUUUAUGGCAAGGGUGUGGUGUGCACGCUACACGAGGGAGAUGACUUCGGUAAGCUGGCUCUGGUAAACGACGCUCCGCGAGCCGCCUCCAUUGUGCUGAGGGAGGAUAACUGCCACUUUCUCCGGGUGGAUAAAGAGGACUUUAACAGGAUUCUGAGGGAUGUUGAAGCCAACACAGUCCGACUGAAAGAACAUGAGCAAGAUGUCUUGGUUUUGGAGAAAAUUUCCACUGGCAGCCGAGUUCUAAAUCAUGGGAACGCAUCAUCACAGUACAAGUACAUGGUGAUGUCUGGAACACCAGAGAAAAUUCUAGAGCACUUCCUAGAAACCAUGCGCUUGGAUUCAAAUUUCACUGAAUCGGACCCUGCUCUUGAUGACUUUGUUCUGAUGCACUGUGUGUUCAUACCCAACACCCAGCUGUGUCCCAUACUCAUGGCUCAUUACCAUGCCCAGGCCUCCCAGGGCUCGGAGCAGGAGAAGCUGGAUUACACUUUCAAUAACAAGAGGCGAGUGAUCCGGCUGGUCCUGCAGUGGGCGUCUGUGUACGGAGACCACCUCCAGGAGGAGGAGGCAGCUCUGGCUUUCCUAGAGGAAUUCUAUGUGUCCGUGUCAGAUGAUUCCAGAGUGAUCCCAGCUCUGAAGGAACAUCUUCCUGAACUGGAAAAGAUUGUCAAACAGAAUACUGAAGAAGCAAAAUCCUCACAGAAAAAGCACAAGGUUCUUCUGCGCCAGUUCAGUAUAGGAGACGAAAGGCUUCAGAAGAGACAGCCGAUUAAGAGCAAUGAUGAAAUCCUGUUUAAAGUGUACUGCAUUGAUCACACCUACACCACUAUCCGGGUGUCUGUGGCGGCGUCAGUGAAGGAGGUGAUCAGUGCAGUGGCGGACAAGCUGGGCUCAGGCGAGGAGCUCAUCCUAGUCCAUGUCAACUCUGCAGGAGACAAAGUGGUGCUGAAACCCAACGACAUUUCAGUGUUUACAACCCUCAGCAUCAAUGGACGUCUGUUUGUCUGCCCAAGGGACCAGUUUGAUUCACUGGCUCCAUUACCAGAGCAGGAAGGUCCAUCUACAGGAUCCAUUGGAACCUUUGAGCUGAUGAGUUCCAAAGACCUGGCUUACCAAAUGACAGUAUAUGACUGGGAGCUGUUCAACUGUGUGCAUGAGCACGAGCUGAUAUAUCACACAUUUGGAAGACAACAUUUCAAGAAGACUACGGCCAACUUGGACCUAUUCCUGAGGAGAUUCAAUGAGCUUCAGCUGUGGGUAGUCACAGAGAUCUGUCUGUGCUCCCAGCUGAGCAAGCGAGUUCAGCUGCUCAAGAAAUUCAUAAAGAUAGCUGCUCACUGCAAGGAAUAUAGAAACUUGAACUCUUUCUUUGCCAUCAUCAUGGGUCUGAGCAACCCAGCAGCCAGCAGACUCAGUCAGACGUGGGAGAAACUUCCGAGCAAAUUUAAAAAGUUCUACUCAGAAUUCGAAAGUUUAAUGGAUCCAUCCAGAAACCAUAGAGCGUAUAGGCUGACUGUGGCCAAGCUAGACCCUCCUAUCAUUCCCUUCAUGCCUUUACUCAUGAAAGACAUGACGUUUACACAUGAAGGCAACAAGACUUUUAUAGACAGCCUUGUCAAUUUUGAAAAAAUGCGCAUGAUUGCCAACACAGUGAGGAUAGUGAGAUACUGUCGGAGUCAGCCUUUCAAUCCAGAUGCUUCCCUAGCUAAUAAGAACCACCAGGAAGUGCGGAGCUAUGUCCGGCAGCUGAAUGUGGUUGAUAACCAGAGGACGCUGUCCCAGCUGUCUCACAGACUGGAACCCCGGAGGAACUAGUGGCGUGGCCACUCCAGGGACUUGAGGAGAGUGCUCGUGUCUCUGCUGUACUUCCCAAAGGAAUCUGUUCUUCUUGUAUGAUAUCAUUAACAUCACAGAGACCUUCCCAGAGGCUCGUCCUGGGCUAUCCCAUGAUCCCGUUCCUCAGUGUCGAAGCACUUUUUCUAUUCGUCUGCUCCUUUCUUAGUGUGUUUUCAGAUAAUAUAUUUGCUCUGGGUAUCCCCAUGUUUUCAGUAUGUGAGCUACUUCCUUUUAGGAUUAAGAAACAAAACAGAAAAUGUUUUCUGCCGCCUGAGCCUCUGCAUCCCUAAACUGCAAACAUUUCAGAAGCAAAAGUGAAACCAAGUACGUACAUUUCAAACGUCCAAAGGUCCUGGGACUUCAUGAACAGAAAUACUUACAAUGAUUUCUUACAAUCAUUUGCCCUUAAAUUUUAAUUUAGAUUAAUAAUGACCUGCUGUACUAUCACUGGCAUUUUGUCCAAAUCCAAAUUAAUCUUGAUCCGUAUUUGUAUCAUUUUGUCUGUAUAGCUUGAGUUUGCUUUUUACUGACUUAUCACAGAACAAAGGCUUUUAUUUUUUUAAAUUUGAAACGCCUUCUAAAAAAUCAUUUUCUGCCUUCAGAACCAUUGAAGUUGCUUUGUAAAUAUGGAGGUUAUUUAUAGAUCUUUUAGUUUGGUGUGAACAUCAUAUUUAACAUAUGGUGAUAAAUAUAUUAAUUUUAUUAUGUGGACUUUAGCAUGCAAUUAAUUAUACUAGAAGAAAAAAGAACAGAUUGCACCCCCUCUGUAGAGAAUGUGUGAUGUAUGUGAUGUCUUAUAGCUUUGUACUGUAUAUGUAUUCUGUAAAUAAAAUAUACCUAUUAAAUGUA